AUGAAGGACAGGUUGGAGGAGCUGCGGAUGCGAGUUAAAGAAGUGGGGGACCCCUGUGAUAUAGAUGAUAUCCUUGCCUUUGAUAAUCCUGUUUUCAGUGAAGAGGAGGCCAGUCCCAUGAGCAAGGUUUUCCAGGAGGGGUCUAACCUCUCUUUGGCCCUGGACAAGCUAGAGGAGUUAUCUGAUAGUAUUGACAAGAAGCAGCAGAAAGUGCUCUGCUGCACCACUGAGGAGAGCAUCUACGAGGAGAAGAAAGGGCUCAGCAAUAUGAAAGCCUCCUUCACCAACGAAGCUAAGGUCAUCCAGCCUCAGCUCAGUGCCAUUCAAGACAAGCUGGUCCGAGACAGCAGGCCGUGGUGCGCAGGGCAUCGCAUCCGCCAGAACCAGCUCUCCCUCCUGGUCAGGCGGUACCGGGAUGUCUUGAACAGGCAUUACACCAAGGAGACCCUCUAUGUCGGGAAACUGAAAGAGCAGAUCACGAGGCAGGCAGAGCUGGCAGGCUUGAGCCUGGGAGAGAAAGACGUUGAUGAGCUGGUAGAGAGCCCUGUUGCUCCCCGCAUCGUAGGCCGGGACCUGGAGGUGCUGAAGGCCAAGCAGCAUCUGGCCAUGGCUCAGGUGCGCCACCAGCAGCUGCUGGACCUGGAGGCUCAAAUCACGGAGCUACACUCACUCUUCUUGCAGCUGGAGGUGCUAGUGUCGGAGCAGCACGAAGUUAUCAACAAUGUGGAGCACUACAUGCUGCACACGCUAGACUACAUCUCUCAGUCCAGCGAGGAGGUGAAGAAAGCCCUGCAGUACAAGCGGCAGUCGCGGCUCUCAGCCGCGCUGGCAGCCGUGCUGAGCCUCUGCGCCUGCUGCACGUGCCUGUCGUGCCUGACGGGGACGGUCCGGUGA